GUGUACCCAUGCUUCGUGCGGCGACGACUCGCGGAGCGGUUUAUACGUUUGCCUACCGCUGACCGAACCGAACGCCUCGGAAGAGCGGAGACGCGAGCCAAAACAAUAAGUUUUCUGAAUUAAAAAAGAAAGUUUUAUUCCGUUGAAUGUUAUAAUUUUAAUCAUAAUGUCUACUCUGCUUGAACUUUGCGGUCCUCUCUCACCGCCGUCCACACCUCCUUUAAUGGAAAACAAAAUCGAGUUGCCCAUAAAGAAGGCUGCCGUAAAGCGUGCUCGGGAGUUGCCACCCCUGGGGGUGGUGACACCACAGCCAUCAGACUCGGAGGGCGAGGAAGAAUGCAGCAAACGCGCCCGCUGCGAGCUGGAACGUCUGUUGUUGGCUACGCCACCACCCGAACCCUGCCGGCCCUCGGUCAUCAUGCGUGCGCACAAGGAUGGCACUUGCAGCCCCGAGCCCCUGCCGCCGCCGCCCCCCAGUGACAUGAACAUUCUGAAAACACUAAAAUUCAAAAUGAACCGCGGCCACACAUAUUCUCAAGCAAAAUACAUUGCGAGUCAAGCUCAAAACGCGGCAGUGACCUCGGCCGCCCCCGUGCCCACAGUGAGCCCUCCCGUCAUUAAAGUGGAAGAAGCGCGUGUCCCUUCACCUCACCCUGAGUGCCAACCCCCACCUCAAUCGGAACAGCGAGUACCGCCCACCCCGCAGAUCUCUCAAGCGCCCGUAGCGGCAGCGACACCUGGCUGGGUGCCGCUGGCUCCACGCCCGGCCCCCGCCGUCCUAGUGCCAGGUGCCCUGUUACCGACCACCGCUCUGUGGCUUGUAGCCCCAGCGCCAGCGGCCAGACGUCGUCUCUACGAGUGUUCAUAUCCAGGAUGUGGAAAGAACUACUUCAAGUCAUCGCAUUUAAAAGCACACGCUCGCACGCACACCGGCGAGCGUCCGUUCCGCUGCGCGUGGCCCGGCUGCGAGCGACGGUUCUCCCGGUCCGACGAGUUGUCCCGCCAUAAGCGGACGCACACGGGCGAAAAGAAAUUCGGUUGUAGAGUGUGCAGCCGCCGGUUCAUGCGAUCCGACCACCUCGCCAAACACGUCAAGAGACACGCAAAGGAACGCGCGCCACCCGCACCCGUCCUCAGGCUGCUACCCUCCCCGGUGGUCCCCUUACCGGUGACACACUGAACUCACAUAAAGACUGUGAUCCAGAUCUCUCAUAGCUCUACUCAUCUUUAAGACUGUUUUACUACUUAAGUAGUGAUUAGCGUUAAGUGGUUAUGUUAUUGGAAGGAGAAAUUAAAAAAACAAGUUAUUCAUUU